AUGAGCGCAGUCAAGCGAGUUGCCGUCAUCGGCGCGGGGCCAGCCGGGGCCAUUACUAUCGACGCCCUGGCUCGGGAGAAGACUUUCGACGUCAUUCGUGUAUUUGAGCGUCGAGAGGCAGCGGGCGGAUGUUGGGUGGGCGACCAAACACCGCCGCCGCACUUGACAAGCCUCUCUUCUCUAGCCGCCCGAACCGCCGACCAACCCCUCCCGAUCCCGGAAACCCUGCCGUCCCGGACGCCGAAACACCCGGCCAGCUCGGGCCCGCCACGCUUCACCGAGUCAGGAAUCUACCCCUACCUCGAAACCAACGUUGACGCCAUCCCCAUGUCCUUUUCCGAGGAAUCGAUCCCCGAACAGCGCACCGAGAACUCGAUUGCGCUACACGGGCCCGAGACACCCUUCCGGCAUUGGACAGUGGUUCGGGACUUUAUCCAGGGGUUGGUGAACCGCAACGGCUACCAGAAUCUGGUCUCCUACAGUACCACAGUCGAGCGUGCCGAAAAGGUCGGCGACGAGUGGAAGCUUACCCUUAGGAAAGAGGGCGAUGAAGGGGAUGAUUGGUCGGUCGAGUAUUUCGACGCUGUUGUCGUUGCGACUGGGCAUUAUUGGGUUCCGUACGUCCCCCAUAUCGAGGGCCUCGAAGAGUUUGAAAAGGCUCGUCCGGGGAGCGUGAUUCACAGCAAGCACUUUCGCGGGCGUGAUCAAUUCCGCAACAAGCGCGUUGUUGUAGUCGGCGCCUCGGUCUCGGGGGCAGACAUCUCAGUCGACCUCAUCAAGACCGCAAAACACCCCAUCUACUCGGUAGUCAACGGCCGCAAGGCGAACCUCUACUUUGGCGAUGGAGCCUUCAACCACCCCCAAAUUUCGCGCCGUGCCACAAUCUCCCGCAUCGAGGGCCAGACCGUCCACUUCCAAGACGGCACGUCCGUAGCGGACGUCGACAACAUUGUCCUCGCCACGGGCUUUACCUGGACGCUCCCCUUCCUGCCCUCCGUCGAGGUGAGGAACAACCGCGUCCCGGGUCUCUACCAGCACGUCGUCUACCACCGCGACCCGACGCUCCUGUUCAUCGGCGCCGUUGCGGCAGGGCUGACGUUCAAGAUUUUCGAGUGGCAGGCCGUGCUCGCGGCGCGGGUGCUGGCUGGGCGGGCGAGGCUGCCGCCCGCGGAGGAGCAGGCUCGGUGGGAGGCGGAUCGGAUUGCGGAAAAGGGAGACGAUAUCAGGUUCUCGCUUGUGCACCCGCACUUUGAGGAGUACUUUGAGACCGUGAGAGAGCUUGCUGGCGAGCCUGAGAACGGUAUUGGCAGGGCGCUGCCGCCGUUUGAUCCUUCUUGGUACGGGGUGUUUAUGGACGGUCUCGAGUUGAGGAAGGAGAUGUGGGUGAGGCUGAAUGCGAAGGCGUUGGAGGAGCUUGCGUCAGGAAAUGCGCUGGCGAAUGGAGAUGCAAGGGACGGCGAGAAAGUUCCCAUAGUCACUACGAUCGAAGCACCGCAAGAAGUGCGGUAG